AUGAUUGGGUUUCGAGCAAAGCGAAAACCCAAUGUAAAUCUUGUUGAGGGUUCUUCGGUUGCGUAUAGCAAUAACAGCGGUACUUUGAUAAGGUUGAGUCAUCCAUCAACCAUAAACUAUAUCAAAAUAAAAUUACCUGAUGAAGAUUUAGCUUAUUACAUAGAAGUUUCAAUGGGCGAUAAAGAUUGGAUGAAGGUUAUAGAUUAUUCAGAUUAUAUUUGCCGUUCAGUUCAACGUUUGUGGGUUUAUCCAAUAGCAGUGUGGUAUAUUCGUAUAGUAUAUAUUCGAACCAAAAAUACUGUUAAUAAAUCAUGCAAAUUUGUUGAAAUCUCGUACAACACAAACAGACGUCACUUGGUGGAAAUCGAAGAUGGAUUAGUUGCUCCAAAAUACAAUGUUGUUUUGUGGUAUAAGAAUGCAAUUAUAAUCGAAGGGGAAAGUCGUUUUGACAAUAAUACGCUAUUGGACCAAUUAGAUGAACGCGAUGUGUAUAGAAGAUAUACAUGGCAUAAGCUGGGAUCGGGUUGUAUAUUGAUUCAGCUACCACAACCUUUUAUGCUUAGUUCAAUCAGGAUGUUGCUGGAAAUCGAUCCAGACGAGUUAGUGUUCUUCAAGUACACUAUUGAAGUAUCAGUAAAUAACAAAGAAUGGAAAAUGGUCGCAAAUAAAACUAAAAAGGAGACACAAUCAAUGCAGUUGUUGAACUUUGAUCCUACCCCGAUAGUGUUUAUCCGAAUUACUGGCGUUCACUGUUCAGAUGGCGAUGAGUUUCGUUGUGUAUAUUUGGAGGCUCCCAUCAAAAUAAAAUUAGAUUCCGACGAUGACAGUGACGAAACAGAUGCAUAAAGUUAAAGCUCCAGUCAAAAACCAAAUUCGUAGUGGAAG